GUUGUGGUUUUGGGUGGUGAGGAUGCCACUUGGGCAUUUCCUUUUGGUCUGGGCUCUCCCGACUUGAGAAUUUCAUCCAUUUCACAAACUGCCCCAACAAACCAAGUAUUCCCUUUUUUUUUUUUAGUAAAGCCUUCGGUCUCGGCUUUCAACGUUGAAGUUCCAUUUGUCACCUCCUUUUUGCCGCCGCCCUUUUUUCCCUGUUCGCAGGCGGUCCUCCACCCACCCAAAAAGACGUUGACCGUUUUUUUUUUAAAAAAAAGUUUAUCAUGAACUCUCAGCGCAGUGCUCCUGGAAAUUAUACAAUACAGAACUUGUUCGGCACCGACUCGGACACUGAGACUGACGACUCCAUCACUUCAGAGUCCGAGCUCGAAGACCGAACAACUGACGAGGAUAGUAUGGACGCGCAUGGAGAUACCGUUGGGUUUAGUGGUGAACAUGCGUGGGAAGGUGGUGCUCGGACCUCUACGUCUGCGUCCAUGACGGCUGUGACGUCUGCGCUGCAAGAAACUGUGGAAGAUGCAGAGACGAUCGCUCACCAACAGGACUUGCGAAAGCGGAUUAUGGCUAUUCAGUCGAAUGACGGGUUUUCGGCUAUGGAAAAGGCAAAAAAGAUACAGGAACUAAUGACCAGUAACUGGAACACAACACAACGAUCACAAAGCAGUCGAGCAGCCCUCGCCAGCAACAAAUUAGAACAUAGACGCGCGGAUUUCAGUGUCGUGACAGAUCACGACAAACAACGAACAUAUCAUGACAAGGACGCCCUGAUAUUAGGAUGCAAGCACUAUCAACGAGCUGCAAAACUACAGGCGCAUUGUUGUGGGAAAUGGUACACGUGCCGAUUCUGCCACGACGAGGUAUCAGAUCAUAACAUUGUCAGAAAUCUGACGUCGACCAUGAUGUGCAUGUACUGCUCCACCGUCCAGCCCGCGGGCCGGGACUGCGCAAACGUUCGGUGCGGAAAACGGGUCGCAAAGUACUACUGCCCCGAAUGCAAACUCUGGGACGAUGACCCGCGCAAAAACAUUUACCACUGUCAUGAUUGUGGGAUAUGUCGAAUUGGGAAGGGACUCGGACAGGAUUACUUUCAUUGCAAGCGAUGCAACGUGUGUAUGGCCAUCAGUUUGAAGGGCAAUCACAAGUGCAUUGAAAGGAACUUGGAGAGUGAUUGUCCGAUUUGUGGAGAAUACAUGUUUACCAGCACGACUACAGUUAUUUUUAUGCCCUGCGGACAUUGCAUACACUACAAAUGCCACCAAGAAUAUAUCCAAACCUCCUACCAAUGUCCAACCUGUUUCAAAUCCCUCGCCAACAUGUCCGAAUACUUUAAACGCAUAGACGCCAUGCUCGCCCAACACCAAAUGCCCCCUGAAUACGCAACAACACGAAGCCAUGUCUAUUGUAACGAUUGUGAGAACAAGAGUUUUGCAAAGUUUCAUUUCCUGUAUCACAAGUGUGGGAAAUGCGGGGGGUAUAAUACCAAGGUACUGCGAACGUGUCAGGCAGGGGAGGAGGAUCUGAUUCUGGGGAAACAGGUUGGUGUUGGGGGUGUGGUAGCGGCUGCGGAAGGGGGUGCUGGGGAGGACAGUGGUGGUGGGGGUGAAGCGGGUGGACUUGUUACUUCUCAGUUUGAUAUAUCACCACCAUUUUUUAGUGAAGAUCAAAUGGACGUUGAGCAGCGGAGGGGGAGUUUGGCGGUGGAAGGAGGGGAUGGGGCUCCCAUGGUUGCUGGGAAUGGGUAUGAGCAGAAUCACUAGACUAGUAAACGAAAUCCGCAAAAAGACACAAGAAAAGCAAAACUCCCAUGUCAUCCGUUUUAUGUAUAAACCAAUUUUUUUAAGCGAACCCCCAAAACUUUUUGUUUCUCC